AAUAUGUAAUGAGGAACCUUGUGUUUGUUUUGAAAGUUUUCAAGUAAGAUUAUUGUUAAUCAAACUAUCUCAACUUCAUAAAAGCUACUCACUAAAAUUUUGGCUACAAAAAUACUAUUGUUAACGGCUCUGUAAAUCAUUACAUAACUUGAAGGAGCCUUUCCAGUUAAUUCUUAAGGCUUUGGUUUUGUGUUGAAAUGCCUUCUUUUUUAUUCAAUCUAACAAAUUACUUAUAGCUUUGUUCAGAAGGUUGAUAAUUAAUUUUCUGUAUAAAAUAUGGUACUGUCUGAAUGGGAUAAGAUUCUUUCCGCUUCACCACAAGAUCUUUCUGAACAGGAUAAAGAGGAGUUUUUUGAAAAACUUGCAUGGACAGAUGUAGAUAUCAAUUUAUCUCAUGAUAAUGUCAUUCAAUUACUGCGAAUAUCUCAAGAGAUUUUAAAAUAUAAAGGCGAACAAGUAGAGUAUCUAGUGAAUGAACUUGACACUUUAGCUGCAGUUCAGAGCGAUGAUACAGGGGGAAAGAGAAAUAUUUCGGACCACGCAGACGUCUCUCAUAAAAAUUAUGAUACCAAUAGCGAAGAACUGGCCCGAGCUCAAAUAAAAAAUGAGGAGUUAUAUGCUGAGCUGCAAGAAAAAGAACGAGAUUUUCUCAAUGAAAAACGGCAGGUUGAAAAGCUCACUGAGCAAAUCACAGUUUUGGAACAGGAGAAGAAUGAGGUUCAAAGGGAACUGGCCGCUCUUCAGAGAGAAACCAGAGAGCUGCAGGAAGGAAGAAUGCGCUCUUCUUCGCCGGAUAUGGCCUCUGAAAAGGUUCAAGAGUUAACCGAGGCUGUCCGACAGAAAAACAAGCAUAUCACUCAGUUGCUCUCAGACAUUGAGACAAUUGAGAGAGAAAACACUAUUCUGAAAGAAAAACUAUCGUCAGUGAAAGACGAACUGGAAGAUGCAACACAUCAGAUGACAAAGCUCGCUGGCGACUCUACCAGUCUCCAUCAUACUGUAAAAGAACAACAAUUACAGAUAGAUGAGCUGGAAGAACAAAAUGUUGCUCUGAGGAGACAAGUCAGCGAACUUGUCGCUGAUAAGCACAACACAGACGAUCAGUUGGACCAGCUAGGACUUGCACUUGAUUCUCGUUUACUGCAAUGGCAGGAUCUUUUGGAGAAAAAAGAUGCAGAACUGAGAGAGUUGAAACAACAGCUAGCUCUAUCCUCCUCUCAAACACCUGUUCUGCAACUCGACUCACAUGCCAAGCAAAUUGCUGCACUCACUCAGGCCAUCGAGAAAAGAGAAGAUCAAGUUGAAGACCUUCAGAAAAAGCUUGUACAAGCUACGGACGAUCUCAAUAAAAGCGCUAAUGUUUUGGAAGAGUAUAAAGAAAAGUUGAAAGAAAAGAAUUUGAGAAACGGAAGCAAAGAGCCCGAAGUUGUGAGAGAACUGCAAAAGCAAGUAUCUGAUCUUAAGUCGCGAUUGUCGAUAAUGGAGCAGAGUGUAGAGGACGCUGAGAAGGAAGCGCAGGCCAAAGCUGAAGAGGUGAGCAAUUUGAUAAUCCAGUUAAGAGAAUAUGAGAGUGGUGAAUUUGGACUGAACGAAGCCAUGGAACAGGUGCGAGAACUGAGGCAGCAGAAAGCAGUCCGAGACAGGCACAUCGAACAAUUGGUCCAAGCUGGCAAUCAACUCCAGGAGGAAGCUAAUCAACUUGAAGAAGAAAAUCUAGCUCUAAGGGAUAAACUUGGACUAGACGUGGAAUCAGUGGUGAGAAUUGAAGGAGUGAUUGCCAGACGCCAACGAGAUCAGAACAAGAUCGAGGAACUAUCUCGCCAAGUUGAGAACGCUAAUGAUUCUCAAAUCCAACUAAAACUUGAGAAUAGAGAACUCAACAAAACAAUAACUUCUCUUCAAGAUAAGUUGAAGGACCUUGGAUUGCAGACCAAAAUUGAGUUGGUCCUUCCAUCAAUACCAGAAAAAAUUGACGCUGAUAACGAAAAAGAAGAAGCCCAAGCUAGAUUGAAAGAGAUGAUUGACGAGAAUGAAGCACUUAGGAAAGGAAUGCAUGAGAUUUUGGAUAGUAUUCGUAGUCAUGACGCUUCCAGUUUGAUUCACAUUGAGUCGGAAGGCCUUGAGAGGUUGCUGGAAGCUUUGGACUCGCGACAUGUGAGUGGCUGGUAUCACCCUGCCAUGCGGCUGCAGGCUCAGCUCAAUACACUCUAUGGCAUCAAUGCUGCUCUUCGAGAACAACUGCACAUUUCAAGAGAAAAUGAGACUGAAAAAUUGGCCGAACUGCAGAGAGCUGUCACUCGCAUCGAACUCAUGGAAAAGGAGUUGAUGAACGCCAAGUUCAAAAAUUGAAGAUGAUGGAAGGCAAGCGAAAAAUGAAGAAGGUGGCGGCGACCAGGAGAUCAUGGCUUCUUCCCGUCUUCCCGAGUCCGUCAAUUCCGACAGUAAUCAAGUUUCUUCUCCAAAAUCAACAAGCCUUCCUAAAGGGGCAAUAGAAUUCAUUGAUAAACUAAAAAGUCAUCGAGCACUCUCAAA